AUGUCGAAUCAACGCAAUAAAUCACAUUCUCUGCUAGACGCAAAGUCAGUUUGUUCGGAUGAUCAAAAGUCCGUUCAGGGGGCUCGCAACCGUUCAACAUCCUCGAACGCUCGUACCAAUGCAUAUGUCAUCCCGGCCCAGCGUCGGGCAAUGACGCCCAGCGACACACCCUCAGUGUCUGCGGCACUCGCCAUCCUGGACUGGCGCCGCAAGGCCCAGACGCCUACCUCGAACACAAGGUCUGCCACUGAACCGGUCCUAGUCACAAGGUCAACGUCGACUUCUUUCCGCCCAAUGGAUUCAGUGCAGGGUCUGGAGCCUACCUUCACAGCGGAGGAAAAGGUUCGCGCCGGUUUCUCUUGGCGCUAUAAGGGCGACAUCAGAAACCCUAAGAAUUCUUCAUUGGGAAUUGCGCCGGACGACAAUUGCGCCCUGUUUUUGACCAAUCUCCCAGCCGGAACAACCCCCAAGAUCCUUUUGGAUGCGCUGGGCAUUCACGCCCCUUUCGGACGCGUUUAUGCGACAUCCAUUGCUCCCCCUACCGACGGUCGCUACAAAAGUGCUUGCGCGAAGAUUACCAUGUUUUUUCGCGAAGAGGCUGUUCGCGUCUUCCAGUUCAUCGCGGGAGGCAACCUGGGGAUUGCAGGAAGAACCAUCGCUGUGGUCUGGAAUAGCAACAGAUUGGCGCCGCAGACGGACCUGCCCCAUAGCGCCUCCCGCGUGCUAGAGAUCCUCGGUCCAAUUGAGGUUGUGGAUAUCCACAGACUUUCGCGCUUCCUCGGGGCCAACAUCAAAUUCGACACACAGGAUGUUACCACUGUCCGUGAUGACAAAGACGAACGUCUCCUUCGCUGGACGUUCUGCUCCUUCCGCGCCCAGGCGCAGGUCGCUCGGAAGGCUUUAAGGGCCGAAUGGCCCGGCCUCCAUAUCCGCUGGGGCAUCGACCCUAUGGCUGUGUCAGUGAACAUGGUGCCAACCGCCAUGAGCACGAUGCUCCCCUUGUUCCCGCAGCAAAGGACGCCAGUGGCCGCUAGCGAGGUUAGCCAUACCCCUGCGGACGACCUAAUCAGCUUCGACUCUGAUGUCGAGGAGGAUUCGGACAGCGAGGAGGACAAGUCAGAUAUUUAUGACUUCUGA